AUAGUUGAAUCUAAUUGUAGUUCAGUUUUGAGAAUUAACUUCUUGAAGACGUGUGUGGGCAUACGUGCAAGUUAACGGUGACGUUUAUUUUGUGUAUUACCAUUUAAAACCAGUUUGAAUAUUUAAAAGGAUAAAAUGGCCGAAUCUGUGGAGAGUGGAGAAAGAGUCGUCUGUAUUGCAAUAGACGGAAGUGAUAAUUCAAAAUAUGCGUUUCAGUUCUAUUCGGACAAUGUAAGGAAAGCCAAUGACAAAGUCUACCUGGUCCAUUCCGUAGAGAUCAACAGUGUCUUGCAUUCCACUCAGUGGUACAGCUCGCCUUAUUCCUUCGAUAAGGAGAUGUUGUUGAAGUUAUUGGACGAAGAGAAGACCAAGAUCCGCCACAAACUCGAGGGUUUUGCAGUGCUUCUGAAAGAUGCCGGGAUCGAUGGAACGGUGAAGAGUAUCCACGCGGAGUCCCCGGGGGAGGGAAUCGUUAAGGCGGCCGCGGAGGUGGGCGCCUCCCUCGUCGUCGUCGGCACGCGCGGCAUGGGGAAGCUAAGGCGCACGUUCAUGGGGAGCGUCAGCGACUACGUGCUGCACCACUCGCCGGUUCCAGUGCUCGUCUGCCGACACAACGAGGACGAGAAAAAGUAACCGGGAUGUUGGGCUGACGUGCUAACUAAAGAAUUGAAUGCGGACAAAAUACACGAGUCGAACUUUUUGGAAUUUGUAUGAAAGCGAAUUUCGUACAAAAUAUGUGAGUGGGAUAAUAAGGAAAUCAGGAAACUGUAAACUAUUGACGUUUUUACUGCAUGGAUGGGGUCGUAACGGACACUGUGAAACGGUAAAAAAUGAAUUUCGUUGAAAAUAAUAAAAGCAAAUGAGAAAAUAAAAAAAUAAACAUCCAUUUUGUAAAGCUUCUAAUGCAGUAAAGGGGACUGAUUAGGUUAUUGCAACACAUUUAAUUGAUAUAAAAUCUUUUCCAAACUGAAUUCUGCUUAAUCAAUUUUCUUCAACAAAUGUCGUGAAAGCCUUCGAACUAUAAAUAACGAACGCUAGAAACAUAUGUCUUAAAAUAAAUGCCCAAGGUUACGAUAUUAUUCAAGGGUUAUAUUAAGCAGAUGUUGCAUUUGUGUUGAUGCUGUUAAUAGCAGCAAUAUCGUUUUGAGUGCUUGUUUUAUUUGUUCAAAAUAUGGUCCAAUGUUUUAUAUUCAACGUCGUGUUUAGUGCUGUUUUAUGUGCCAAAGCACAUGUUUAAAUAUUUUACCCAAGUGUGUCAGUUACGUAAUCUUACAGUUCUAUGUAUCUACACAAAUGUUGUGCGUGGUAUGAGUCAAUAAAUGUGUACAAUUAA